UAGGUUUUCAAUUCCAUAUCAUGUGAGCGAGAGGUGGAGCCAGAUGACGUUAGAUACCGCGACCGCUAUAUGCAGGGGUGUAUUUAUUACACCGAUUCUGUUGCAAAACUUUUCGUAAACGGAAGAAAACGGAACGAGGGCGAGACCUACCUGAAUGUGUCCAAUAGAAACUCUUGUUUUUGUUGCAAAACGGAACUUUUUGGACUAAUGGUUACACCCUGGUGGGAAGAGGCGGUGUGCUUCUGAACAGACUAUUAGACCAACAAUACGAUAGCCCCCGCGGGAAUAGCCUACAGUCGCUGUCAUGAUCGGCAACUAGAGAAGUCCAGUCCAUUUCAGCGCAGGCCGUUUUCAUAAAGAGACUACUAGUUUUUAGAGAUUUACAUUUGCUAUAUGCCUGUAAGAGUACUGUAGUGCAGGAGAGUACACCGCCAUCUGUUACCUUAGUGCUGCGUAGGCACAAUGAUGAGCUCCGACGCGCUCCGGCCGACACAGAACUCCGGGCGCAAAGCGCUUGGUAAACUCGCCAGCAGGUUAGAAGAAGUGAAGAACCCAUGGCGACAAGGCUCGACGCUCGAACUCAGCCACAACGAGGCGGCCAGGUUGGCAACCGACGCUCUGUUGGAGUCUGGGGAGAAGGAAUACAGACGAGUUCUGACAGAGGAAAGGGAAUUAAAUUUUCUCUCGCCGCUUGAGAUUCAUUAUAUUACGGAGAAUGCAGCCAAGAACUGUAGCUCCGAAAACAGCUCAAAUGGCACCGAGGGGGACAUUGGGGAGGGGGAUACGGUGUCAGAGCUUACCUCGGGGACCUAUUUCCCAAUGAUGUCCGACGAAGAGCCACCUAUUCUGGAACUAGGGUGGCCAGAAAACCCCCAACGAUACGGACCCUCAGAAACACAGAUCUAUUUCCAAAGGGACAAGACUCAGAAUGUGAAAGACCUCAUUCGGUCGUUAAUUAAUAAAGCAAAAAGGGUCAUAGCGUUGGUCAUGGACCUCUUCACAGACGUUGAUCUGCUGUGUGACUUGAUGGAGGCCUCGAACAAACGCAAGGUCCCUGUGUACAUUCUCCUGGAUGAGAAGAAUCUCAACUACUUUGUUGACAUGUGUGCAGCACUGGACAUCCAGAACUCUCACCUGGGUAACAUGAGAAUCCGCAGUGUGUGUGGAGAUACAUACUGCACUAAAAGUGGGAAAAAAUUCACCGGGCAGGUCCAGGAAAAGUUUAUGAUUAUAGACUGUGAGGAAGUCAUUGCUGGGUCAUACAGUUUCAGCUGGCUCUCAGCGCAGGUCCACAGCAACAUGGUGAUGCACUUCUCUGGGCAGAUCACUGAGAGCUUCGACCGAGAAUUCCGCUGCCUGUACGCUGACUCUCAGAUCAUUGACUGUUUCCAUAACCCAGAUGAGGAGAGUCUCCCUUACUACCCCUACCCUGUUACUGCGCCCAACAUGGGGCUAGACUUCUUCCCCGAGAGGUCACGGGAUAGGGAGAGGGUUCUGAGUUCAGAAAACUCCAGCAGCCAAUCCAGUUGCAGCAUGUCCAGCAUCAAGGCAGCACCUGGCAUGACCAAUACGGUUUACAAGGUCACUCAAGGUCAUGACAAGAAAGAGACCAGCAACUCUCACCUGAGCCCUGAGAGGAGAGGAGGGGCACUAACUCCCUCCCUUCAUAAUCAGACUGCCCAAGGCACAAGAGGCUCCCCCAAUGGGACCAAUCACAGCCCAGUUACAGAGCACGCUUCCUCUGGGAUCGGCCAAUCGGACGGGAUAGAGUGGUCCAAGUCCAUCCCCACAGAGUUCCGCCAACCAAACGUUGGCGGAACAACGUCCAAGUUUCAGACUCUUGGUUUAUACGACCAAAAGUCAAGCCUCUUCAACAGUAGCCCCAAGACACAGUCUCCAAUGCCGGACAGCAAACUCUCUGCCAAGCAGAGGACUACCUCCAACCCCGUCCUCAACAAGCUCACCGACCUCUUCCUCCCCCCAACCAAGAAGGACUUCCUCCCCCCAACUGAGAAGGACACCUACAUCUUCAGGAGGUCUCCUCCUCACAGCACAGCCUUUGGGGGGCCAGACCUCUCCCAGACAGAGCCGGAGAGCGAGCAGACUCCCCCGCCACCGCCCCCCAUGAUAAACCGGAAGGACCAGAAACGCAUGACCUUAGGCCACAGCAAACUAGACCUGGUCAACCACUACAACAAGAUGAAGUCCAAACAGGUGUACAGCAGGUUUGAGUUAAAGAAUAACAACUGAGGCUCUGCUGAGAAAGUACUUUACCUCCCCCACCCCCAUCGCACUGGACCUCCAGGAAGCAGAGCACACCUUUUUGCCUUUUGUAGAGAACAUUAUAGCGGAGUGGCAUUUUGUACCUUAAUGCCCCGAUAGGAGUUUAGAGGAGGGUAGAGUACAGCCUGAAUUAGCCUGUUUACACUGAGUUGUAGUGAUAGCUUUUUAGCAUUUGCAUGUAGACAUUGAAGCUGUGGCGGUCCUGCCAAUAAGUGACAUGACACAUUUCGCUUAGGGUCCCCAAAAUGCUAGGGCCGGCCCUUCAUUCAAUGACUGUGUAUUGUGUUCUUAUUUCUGUGUCUUUCACUAGCCAGUAUGGCUUUAAUGAUUUAAUACUGUAUGAAAUGAGUUGUAAAUUGAGUUUUACUGGGUUUUUUUAAGAUGUGUUUUUACUUUUGAUCACACCUACUCAUUCCAGGGUUGUUCUUUAUUUUUACUAUUUUCUAAUGUACUAUUUUUACUAAUGUAGAAAGUAGUACAAAUAAAGAAAAAACCUUGAAUCAGUAGGUGUGUCCAAACUUUUGACUGGUACUGUAUAUCUAUCUAUAUGUUUAAGUUAGUCUUUUAUAUAUAUAUAUAUAUUUAUAUAUAUAUAUAUAUAUAUAUAUAUAUAUAUAUAUACUUUAGGAUGAUUUGGUGCGAAAAUUAUAUUAAUAGUGAGAUGUGCAAUGACAUUUUGUUUAAAUAUUUUAUUUAUUUCAUUAAAAUAAUAUACUUGAUUGAGAGAAUGAAUACUGUUUUAGACAGGGUAGCUGUGGUUCUGAUGUAGUUGUUGAGCACAAUGUGAACUUUAGUUUUAACCACUGAUCAUGUGUAAAAAGUAGAAUAGCAUGUUUUUGUGUUGUGCCGGGCAUACACUACACGACUUUCCAACAUUGCCGAGCCGCACACAUUAAACAACCGUCCUUCCUCUAGUUUUUUGUCUUGCCAACGUAAUGUUACGCACACUAAACUAUGUGGGACAGACGGUGGUAGGGGUUACACACUACAAUAUUCUUCACUUGCCACGCUGUCUCGUAAAAACGAUGUGGUUUAGAUUGUUAAUGUAACUAGAAUGAGCUGUGGUUCAAAGCAGCCUCAACACAUUUUCAGUCAGAUAUUCACGCUUGCCAUACAAGUUGAAAUAUCUAGCCAAUACAUUUUAAAUUGAUUUACAUUGUCUGUGAACUUCAGAGCUAUAAUGAUUUGACACUAACUUUGGUUAAAGGUAAGUAUAAACGCAUACUAGUAGUAGUCAUCACUAACGCGACACGUCUUCAUCUCACUGGCAUCUUCUCUGGCAAGCUCUCAUUGGCUAUUGCUGAUUACUGUUCUCAAAACUUGUCGUUGCACAUCUCACACUACAAGAGCAUUGCAGAUUUUGUGCGAAUAAAAUUAAACGUUUGAAAAUAUCGGGAUGGCUCAAAGACUGGAUCGGUAUCAGUAGUUCUCAGAUUUCGGUAGCCCUCAGACGGCCGCGCUCCCCGAGUCGGCAACGACAUUGGGAUUUUGUCUCCGAUCUCAACAACUUGUCUUGGACAGCUAAAUCGCACCAAAAUCAUGUAGUGUACGCCCAGCUUUAAAGGUGCAAUAUACAAACAUCUCUCUGCAAUUUCCUGAUUGUUAAACUGAAAUUAGGCAAACUAAUAGAAUUGUAUGUGACAAAACAAGCAAUGCAUAAUGUAGAGAAUCAUUGUACCAUCUAAACCACUGUGAAAUAUAUUUUCCAGAACCAAAUAUAUUGUAUUUUUAGCACUUUGAAGCUGGUGAACGGGAAGCGUAGAAAUAGAGCACAUAGAGCAGAUCUACCGCUUCUUAGACUUGCUUUCAAUGAGAGUGACAGAUCUAUAACUCACCUUUCUAUGUGAAUUUGGUCGGGUCGCCCAAAAAGUUAUAUAUUGUAUCUUAAAGAGAUGAGUUUGCAAAUUAAAUAUGUGAACUAGAGUUAGAACUGUUACAAGGGCUAAGAUUAACUGAUUACAGUGUUACUGAAAAUAACAAUUUGCAAUAAAGCUCUUUUUGAUUGGG